AAUAUCCACAUGUUUCAGGCACAAGUAUAAAAUGAAUACAAUCGUGGUGAAGUGUACGCAGUCGACACAAUUAUUUUUCACGACUUGAACGCAUCAAAAAUAACUACAAAAUGGAAAAAAUUGUUUUAAUUAUUGGUAUUAUAUCAAUACUUCCAAGUGUAUUCGCCGUAGAUUUUAACGUAACAAAACGCGAGAAAUUCCCAUAUCAAGCAUCCAUACGCCGUGAUGGAAUUCACCUCUGCGGAGGAACGAUUUAUAGCAAACGACAUGUUUUAACAGCGGCAUCAUGUGUCAACAACACAAAAGCCACCGACUGGCAAGUGAUCACCGGAACGCUUAAUUUGGAAAAAGUGAAUGGUAACGAAUCACAAAUUAUCAUGGUGGAGAAAAUGUGGGUGCAUAAAGACUACAGCGGCAAAAAUGUACAGAAUAAUAUUGCUGUGUUAUAUCUAUCGAGCAAUUUGCAAUUUAAUAAUUACACUCAAAGUAUACCGAUUGCAAGGAAAUGGGUCGCGAAAGACGCGCAGAAAUGUGUCGUCAGUGGCUGGGGUGCUAAUGGCACACACUUUUAUAGACAGACAGAUCUACAUCAUGCUAAUGUUACAAUUGCCACAAAAGAAAUGGACUGCAAGAGAACUUAUCCACCGUUUCUUCAGAAUGUUAUGAUGUGCGCCGGUGAUGAUUACUUAAUUAAUCCCUGCACGGGUGACCUUGGAGGACCUCUAGUAUGCAAUAAUUCAUUGUACGGUGUGGUCACGUGGAGAAGCAAGUGUGAAACCAGAUAUGAACCGGGAAUGUACACGAAUAUUACCUACUUUGCUGAUUGGAUAACGAAAACGACGAAAACCAAUAGUGCCACUUCGAUGACUUCAACUGUGAUGUUUACCGUUUGUGCUGCGUUGUUCAGCAUAUUAAAUAAUUCGCUUAGUGCUGCAGUAAUAUUAAAUAAAACGCGAUUCAUCAGAUCAAAAAAACCCUUCAAGCGAGAAAAUGCUCGCUAUAAAAUAUAUUUAAUCAAUAUUAACUUAUUUAAUCCACAACCAAGCAACAUGAACUACCAAAUACUUCUUUUUGCCUUAAUUUCCGUAAUUUUGGGCGUGUCAGCACAAAACAGAAUCGUCGGAGGUGAUCGCGUCACCAAUCGUAAACAAUACCCAUACCAAAUUUCACUACGACUUAGCGGCCAACACAUAUGUGGCGGUACCAUUUACAAACCGCGUAUAGUGAUAACAGCCGCACACUGUUUGAAGGGAAUGAAAGCGAGUCAACUGGAAGUUGUCGCUGGGGACUUAAACUUGAGAAACCCAACAUCUCACACGCAGAGAAUACAAGCAGAAGGGAUUUACAUUCAUGAAAAUUACAGUGAUGUCGUUCUAAACGACGUCGGCGUUAUUAAACUAAAGAAAAGCUUUACUUAUGAUGACUAUGUGCGUAAUAUUACAAUAUGGAAUGAGACAUUAUCAGGUAGUCCAACUGCCCCGGGUGUUAAUUGUGUAGUUUCCGGUUGGGGAGCUACGCAAUAUGAAGGGGCAGUUGUUUCUGAUUUGAGAUAUGUUAAUAUUAAUGUUUUUACGGGUGUGAGAUGCAGUUCUAUUUAUGGUAAUAAUUUUCAAUCACCUGGGAUGAUAUGCGCUGGUGAUUUUUCAGAGUCUAAAGAUUCUUGUAGUGGUGAUUCCGGUGGUCCUUUAGUAUGUAAUGGACAGCUUUAUGGUAUUGUCUCCUGGGGAGUAGAUUGUGGUAAACCACAUUUUCCAGGUGUGUACACCAACGCGUCAUAUUAUCAAAACUGGAUUGAUACAAGCGCCGAUGUUGAUCAAGCAUACUUUUUGCAAAAAAUUUUGUUAUUCCUCGGUUGUAUAAUUACAACCAAGACAUUUUUCUACUAGUCAACAAUAAAUAAUUACUUUAUUUAUUUCUUAAA